AUGCAUCCAAACUACCUCACAGAAAGGGCGAUUUUGGCCCCCACAACCGAUGUCAUCGACCAGAUAAACGAUUACAUGCUGUCACUCCUCCCCGGAGACUCCGUUCAGUAUCUCAGCUCUGACUCUGUCUCUAGCACCGAUCAGGAUAGCAGCUCAUUCCAGGAUUUGUACUCCACAGAAUUCCUCAACACCAUAAACUGCUCCGGGAUGCCGCCGCACAAGCUCUCUUUGAAGGUUGGAAUACCAGUCAUGCUGUUGCGAAAUAUCGACCAGUCUGCAGGCCUAUGCAAUGGAACAAGGCUGAGGAUCACAUAUCUGGGCAAGAACUUCAUCAGGGCGGUCACAUUAAACGGAACGAGCACAGGUGAUCAGGUCCUCAUCCACCGCAUGGACAUGAAUCCGUCAGAGACCACCCUCCCGUUCAGAAUGACCAGACGACAGUUCCCGUUCAUAAUCUCUUUUGCGAUGACCAUCAACAAGAGCCAGGGCCAUUCAUUAACAAACGUCGGUUUGUACCUGCCCAGGCCGGUGUUCACACAUAGACAGCUAUAUGUUGCAUUGUCAAGGGUCAGGAAUGUGGACGGUCUCAAAAUAUUGAUCCUCGAUUCUGACAGUAAACCCACGAACGUUACUAGAAAUGUUGUCUACAGGGAAGUCUUCCAGAAUGUGCAUUUGGAGUGA